UUGAGUAGUUAUAGCCUUCCGAUGUCUCAAACGGACAUAGGCCCGGCAGUUUUAAAAAAUGCUAGGGACCCCAAACCAACCACGUAUUUAGAAGAACAAGAACUAUUUACCACCCAAACAUCACGAGCCUAGCAUGUCUAGAACAAGAGAUAUCAAAACCGAAAUUUCUGCCUCAGUAUCAAGGAGAGCCGAUAGGGGUUCAAAAUCUAAUUUUUCUUCCACAGGUCAAUAUCUAAAUACACGCCAAAGUUCAUAACAACCCAUCCAUAGUCUCUUUAGUUAUGCUACUUAACGACAUACAAACGCUUCAACAAACAUAACCUUCGAAGGCAAAGGUAAUAAAAAAGCAAAUAAGAACACACUGUAAUGGCGGGUUUAUUUCAGCUAGACACGCAUUUCAAGGACUCUGGGCACUUUAAUAGUCAAAAGAUACAAUUAGUCUGAGCUUGGGUCCCCGAACUAUUGUAGAAUAACAAUUCCUAAUAUGUCAAUCGCGAAAUUAAUGCAUAUUAAACAACGCUCAGGAGUCAUUAGUCUGGUACAUGCAGCGGACGUACAGUCGCCGCCGCAGUUGGAGGUGCGAAACUUGCUAGGUGCCGAACUUCCCGAAAAACCAAGGGAAGAAGUGCUCAGCUGACCGUGACGAGCUUGUUAGUGGUUACAUAUCUGCUGAUCGAGUACAAUUAGGUAAGUGACAAAUAGUUUUUGGAUGAAAGGUUCAGAUACGGGUAGACGAAAUGCAUGCAAGAGGGGGUGCAACGAAAAACGCCAUGUUGUUCUUGCUUUUCUUGGGCUGUGCAGCCUCAGGUGACCCAAGUCUUCCUCAGUGUAAGACAGCUGGGUGGCGAGAGUGUGGGCCUCUCUCACUCAAGCUGGGAUUUUCUCGGACCGGCACAUGCGUCAUGUGUGAGGCCCUGAGUGGGGACGUUGCCUCUGUGAGUCCGUUCCCUUUUGUUGCUACAGCCAAUGAAGUGGCAAUAAGAGGAUACCCCUUCCAUGUCCUCUCGGCCAAGAAACUGGCACCGCUCGAUCAGGCGAAGGUCCUCACUUUGGCUUUGAUAGAUGCAAAGAUCACUGAUGUGGAAAAUAACACCUUCGCUGGGUUUUCCAGUCUGGAGAAACUGUCCUUAGAUUCUAACAGGUUGACUAAUGUCAACGCAACCUGGUUCACUGGGUUGAAGAAUCUCUUGAUGCUGAUUUUGUCCAACAACAACAUCAGGCGAAUCGAGCCAGGGAGCUUCGUGCAUCUAACUGCCCUAAAUGUCUUGGAUCUAGAGAACAACCUGUUGCAGGCUGUCGAUCCUUCCUGGCUCUUUGGACUGAAUGGUAGAAUGGUCCUGAUUCUGAAGUCGAAUGCAAUCUAUAGUCUUUCCCCUGGGUUAUUCCAACACCUUUGGUUGAUGAGGUUAGACCUAAGGGAUAAUGAUCUAUCAUGUUUGGAUGAAGAUGUGCUCCGGGGACAGUCUAAAAUCACAAAGCUACAUGUCAGCAGUGGUAUGCUGUCAUCUGUCCACAAUGCAAUACCACAUAAAGUGAAAUGGAGGUUAAAUCUAUUAGCCAAUGUGUUCAGAGGGUCUGUAACAAUGGUCGUUUGGGUACCCAAGUUCCUGUUCUGUGCCAGGCACAAUGCUCAUGAGCUCUCGUUUGGGUGGAUGCUUGAUCCUUUGGAUAGCACGGCUGCUUUCACGGGAGUGGUCAACCCUGGCAAAUCAUGUGGUGUUUUGGGCAGUUCUCUGAGCACGAUCUCCAUCCAGCCUCCUGUAGUUGUCCUGGCUACCGGCAGUGGCUCCCUGGAUCCCGACAAACCGGACACCAACACGCUAGAGCAGUGCAGGCAGGUUUGGGAAUACGAUGGGGGAAUCGCAGUGCCCCUGAUGGGGAAAUCAACCUUCCGAUUGGUUUCCAUGGCCACAGAGAUUACAGGCUCUGAAGGAGUUGGCAUGUCAUUUGUUCAGACACAAGACACGAACACACUCACCACCACAGAGUCUGACACGUACACCAUCCACACAAAUGUCACCCACGACAACACAAUGAACAUCACCUGCAUCUACAUCACCAGAGAUGAACACACAAAGUUGUUCUUCACCGUUUUCCCAGUCCUGCGCCAGACUCCCACAACAGAAACCUGUUACACAAUCGGUAAGAACCAUUCCAGUAGGCUGGCACACUACUCUAAAAGUACAGAGAAAGAGUACACAUCGUCAGAACCGAGGGACUACUCUUAUGUGAUAAGUAUUACCACUCUCGGGCCAGACCUAGAGGUGGUUCAGGUACCAGGUCAUGUUAUCAUCUCAGUUGUUGUCUCGGCGGUGGCCGUUCUGGCCAUGUCGUUCCUUGCAGUGUUGCUGUGGAAGGUGCGCGCAGCAAGGUUGAACGCUAAGGACGACAUGACCAGCGACGAUGCACACGUUUGGACCAUUCCCCCUGGCGUUACCUUCCCCGGCUUGCUGAGGUCCGCUUCCCUCCCUGCUGCAUGUGCAGGCAAGAUGGCGUCGGAUGACGCUGUCUCCUGUAGGUCAUUGCCCGCAGUCCUACAUUCCAUCAAACCUACUUACAGUGAGAUCCCGGAUGACGUAGCUUGUGCUCAGAGACCUCUGCCUGGUCUCCCACACGUGUACUCAGAGAUCCCGGAUGAUGCCGGUGUGGUCCGGACAGCUUCCCUCCCUGCGCGCACUCGCGAGGCCGCCCCAACCGAUGCGGCGUCCUGUAAGUCAUUGCCGGCUGUUCUACAGUCCAUCGAACCCACCUACAGCCAGAUCCCGGACCACAUGGCCGCUGCCCAGCGCCUCCUCCCCGCCCUCCCGCACACAUACUGGGAGAUCCCGGAUUACCAAACGGCCGCACAGCGCCCCGUGCCUGCCCCACAGCACACCUACAGUGAGAUCCCAGAUGACGAGAGUGGGCCCAUGCCUUUCUAUGCUGAUGCAGCGGUUACUCACAUCGCCCUCCUCACACCACCUAACACCUACUGGCCUUGGGAGAUCCCAGGGGAGGGAACACUUGCGUCCCUCCCCCUCACACUACCUAACACCUACUGGCCUUGGGAGAUCCCAGGGGAGGGAACACGUAACACACCACGGCGUGCGUCCCUCCCCCUCACACUACCUAACACCUACUGGCCUUGGGAGCUCCCAGGGGAGAGAACACGUAACACACCACGACGUGCGUCCCUCCCCCUCACACCACCUAACACCUACUGGCCUUGGGAGAUCCCAGGGGAGGAAACACGUAACACACCACGGGGUGCGUCCCUCACACUACCUAACACCUACUGGCCUUGGGAGCUCCCAGGGGAGGGAACACGUAACACACCACGGCGUGCGUCCCUCACACCACCUAACACCUACUGGCCUUGGGAGAUCCCAGGGGAGGAAACACGUAACACACCACGGGGUGCGUCCCUCACACCACCUAACACCUACUGGCCAUGGGAGAUCCCAGGGGAGGGAACACGUAACACACCACGGGGUGCGUCCCUCCCCCUCACACUACCUAACACCUACUGGCCUUGGGAGCUCCCAGGGGAGGAAUCACGUAACACACCACGGCGUGCGUCCUCACACCACCUAACACCUACUGGCCUUGGGAGAUCCCAGGGGAGUGAACACGUAACACACCACGGGGUGCGUCCGUCACACUACCUAACACCUACUGGCCGUGGGAGAUCCUAGGGGAGAGGACCCAUAUCACACCAUAGGAAACAACGCACGCUUCACCCACAACCUAUAACACAACUGAAUGACGUCCCACAAUCUAUUUAACUAUUUAUUAUAAAGGGCGCAGAAUAACAGUAAUUGGAAAAAAGCAUCAACGCUUGCCUGACAAAUUCAUUACCGUGUCAAAAAAUUCAGACAGCGUCCUUUUAUUCAGACAGCAUCUUAUCGCAGAUUUGUACCAAAUAAUCACACAUUUGACCAAAUGUCGGAAACCUGAUCAUGUGCCUAGCUCGCAAGCACACAUACUUCUACCAAAAAGGAGGUUGUUUAUGAGUAUAAACCCUACUCACACAAAUUACUGGAAAAACGAACAAACAAAGAAACAAACAAACAAAAUAAUAAAAACUAGAACUUUUAAAAUUCGCAUUGAUGCUCUUUUGAACUAGCCUGGGUGUCAUUCCUUUUUACGGGUCUCCUUGCUUGUACUCGCUGACCUCCAAAGCUGAACCUACACAGCGAUCAAAACCUACCCAAGGAGUCAGUGAGUGCAAUUUGCGCCUUGGAUGGCACUCAGUCUUCUUUUGG